AUGCUGACAUAUCCUUCUUUACGUGUCGCUUAUAUAGAUGAGAGAGAGGCAACCAUCAAUGGUAGAUCUGAGAUGGUUUACUACUCUGUUCUAGUCAAAGGCGGGCAUACGUUAGAUGAGGAAAUAUACCGUAUCAAGCUUCCAGGUAAUCCUUCAAAAAUCGGUGAAGGAAAACCUGAAAACCAAAAUCAUGCGAUUAUUUUUACUCGUGGAGAAGCGUUGCAGACAAUCGACAUGAAUCAGGACAAUUACUUUGAGGAAGCAUUCAAAAUGAGAAAUGUAUUGGAGGAAUUUCAUAAGGAUCAACGUGGCCAACGUAGACCAACAAAUAUUGGGGUUGAGAGAACAUAUCUUCACCGGAAGUGUAUCAUCACUAGCUUGGUUCACGUCCAACCAGGAGACAAGUUUUGUGACAAUUGGCCAAAGGGUUUUAGCAGACCCUCUGAGGGUGCGAUUCCAUUACGGUCACCCAGAUAUAUUUGA